AUGAGCGCCACUGCGACAGACUACUACGGCAACAAGGACGACGGCGUCAUUGAGAUGAGCACGCCGCGCUCCAACUCUGGCCAUGAGGAAGCCCAACAUGGCACCGAUGCCGUCUACCGCACAACGUCGGCCGACGAACGGGACAUGCAGCGCAUGGGUCGCAAACAAGAGUUGAUUCGCCAGUACCGCCUCUUUUCCAUGAUUUCUUUUGUCACCAUCGCAACAUCGGCCUGGUGUCUGAACGCGUUCGUGGUCACUCCCGCCUUGGUCGACGGCGGUAUUCCCAGCAUGAUAUGGUCCAACGUCUGGUGCUUCGUCGGCUACAUCCCAGUCAUUCUCAGCAUGGCCGAGAUGUCCAGCAUGGCUCCCAUUGCUGGCGCUCAGUACCACUGGGUCUCCGAAUUCGCGCCCGAAAACUGCCAGCGGAUUCUAAGCUACCUGACCGGAUGGUCUUCGACUCUGGCCUGGCAGGCGGGUAAUGCGGUCGGCUUGUUCCUGGUCGGAACACUCAUCCAGGGCAUUAUUGGUCUCAACGAUCCCAACUAUGUUGCUAAGAACUGGCACGGCAGUCUCCUCGUCAUUGCUGUUGCGUGCGCAACCGUCCUUGCGAAUGUUUUCGGCUCCAAAAUUAUUCCCCAUACGCAGAAUGCCAUCUUUGCCCUCUCGCUUAUGGCUUUUGUCGCCUUCCUCGUGCCCAUUUGGGUCAACGCCCCCUUGGCCGAAUCCAGGGACGUCUGGGCUGGCUGGGAGGAUAAGGGUGAUUGGGUAAACCUUGGCCUCUCCGUCAUGGUUGGGCAGCUGCCCGCCAUUGCGGCGUUCCAGGGCAUUGACACUGCCGCGCACAUGUCAGAGGAAGUCCGCCAGGCAUCCGAAUCGGUGCCAAAAGUUAUGCUUGCGGUUCUCUUCUUCAAUUUCCUCGAGACUCUGAUUGUCGUUGUCACUCUUGGCUACCACAUGCCCGUGGUCCAGGAUGCGCUUGAUGAUGCGUCGACAUACCCCGUGAUCCAUGUCCUCAUGAAAUCCAUGUCGCUUCCCUGGGUCACUGUCUUGCUUGCCAUCAUGUGUCUUCUACUGACCCUUGGCAAUGUCUCGUACCUCGCCGCCGUCAGCCGUGACCUGUUUGCCUUUGCUCGUGACGACGGCCUGCCCUUUUCCAAGUGGCUGUCCAAGGUCGACCAGAAGCGCAAGAUUCCCACCAAUGCUUACAUUUUCUGCGGUGUUUUUAGCUCGCUGCUAUCUCUCAUCUACAUCGGCAGCCCCGUCGCCUUUUAUGCCAUCACUUCGCUCGGCUCCGUGGCGGUGCUGCAGUGUUACUGUCUCAGUAUCGGAUGCAUCCUGUGGAGACGUGUCUUUCAGCCUGACACUAUUCCGGCUGCUCGUUUCUCUCUCGGCCGCUGGGGUGUCCCCGUAAACUGCGCUGCCGUGCUCUUUAGCUUCUGGUCCUUCUUUUGGUCCUUCUGGCCCCAGACUAACCACCCCACGGCCGCUGGCUUCAACUGGGCUUCUCCCAUUUUCUCCGCCGUCAUCAUUGGCGCAAUGGUUUACUACUUUAUCAUUGGCCGCAAGAGAUACGCCGGCCCUGUUGCACUGGUUGAGGGACGCAAGGAGCACCUCUCUUGA